CCUUGAGUUCUUCUGCUGCUCGCCAUGGCGUCCACAUCCACCUCAGAGCCGACUCACCCGGUUGUUUUUACGACACAAACACCUUACCCGCUCCCCACCCAAAAGUUCAUGAUUCCCGCCUCAUGGAGGCGCUACCAACUCUCCCAGCUCGUGAACAAGGCACUCUCUCUGCCGAAGCCCAUACCAUUCGAGUUUUUGGUGCGCGGGGAGAUCCUUCGCGGGACUUUGACGGAAUGGUGUACAGAAAAUGGUGUCGGCGAGGAGGAGACUCUAGAGAUUGAAUACUUCGAGUCUGUUAUGCCUCCCCAGCGCAUGUCUACGAUUCCACACGAAGACUGGGUCUCCUCGGUAACGUGUCAGGUCCUCGGAUACUUCCUUACCGCAUCCUACGAUGGCGCGCUUCGGAUAUUCGACUACUCGCAAACGCUCCUUCAGACCAUCCCCGCGCAUAACGCGCCUGCGACCUCCCUCUGCGUUGUACCCUCAUCCACCAACUCACCCGACUCCUUCCUCGUCGCGAGUGCAUCGCACGACCUCACCGCGCGCCUCACGCGCAUCGACCUCUCCCAGGCCAACCAGCCGCGCGCAGAGACGCUCGCGGCCCUGCACCUACACACUGCGCCGCUGUCCUCUGUUGCCGCCAGCACAUCACACAUCUUGACAUCCUCUUGGGAUGGCCUCAUCGGACUGUGGGAUACGAAAAUACCGGAGACGGACGAAGUCCCGCUCGACGAAGCCGCAGCUGCUGCUGGGGAGAACCGGAAAAAGCGGCGCAAAGUCGCGGACGACAGCGAGCCCGCGCCGCGCCCAAAACGCAAGGCGCCCGUGCAGGUGCUGAAGAGCCAUACCGCGCGCGUGUCGCGCGUCGUAUUCGGUCGCGGGGAGGGCGCGAACGCUGCAUACAGCUGUGGGAUGGACUCGACGGUGCGCACGUGGGACGUGGAGAAUGGUCUGUGCACCAGCACCAUCACCGCGGCGAACAAGCCGUUCCUGGACAUCGCGCUGACGCAGACGGGGACGAGCGCGCUCGCGGCGUCUACGGACCGGACAGUCAGCCAGUACGACCUCCGCUUGGCGUCAUCCUCCGCGACAACACCCUCCGUCGCGUCUCUCGCGCACCCCGCGACUCCAUCGUGUGUAGCUGUCGCGCCCGUGUCAGGUGGUCCGGCGUCGGCGGCGGAGCAUCAGAUCGUGACGGGGGCGUACGACGGUGUGGUGCGGCUGUGGGAUCUACGCAGCACGAAGGGCGCCGUGGCGAGCUUCAAGGCGUGGGACGGUGCGAAAAAGGUGUUGAGCGUGGACUGGGCACGCGGGCUCGUCGGCGUCGGCGGCGAGGGAGGUGUUGAGGUGUGGAAAGUGGGAGACGGCGAGCGUGCGUUUGCGAGUUAGCGGUUGCAUAUAUGUAGUACGCAGGCGUUGUUGACUUGCGUAAACCGCGUAAACCGCCAUGACAGACAUCUCCGC